GUAUUUAAAGGCCUAGCAUAUCUUCACAAUCAAGAAAUAGUUCAUCGAGAUGUUAAAGUAUCAAAUCUCUUACUCACUAACACAGGCACCAUAAAGAUAGCUGAUUUUGGAUUAGCACGAGAGUUAGGGUAUCCAAUGUCUCCAAUGACACCUCAAGUUGUUACACUGUGGUAUCGUGCUCCAGAGCUGCUUUUUCAGGCAAAGACUCAAACAACUGCAGUUGAUAUGUGGGCAGCUGGCUGCAUCUUAGGUGAACUUCUGCUACACAAACCACUGCUACCAGGCCAGUCGGAGAUUGAUCAGAUAAACCUAAUCAUAAAUUUGCUGGGAACACCCAAUGACAACAUCUGGCCCGACUUCUCCCAGUUACCUGCAAUACAGAGUUUUACAUUAAAGCAACAACCAUACAACAAUUUAAAGACAAAGUUCCCAGCAUUAUCAGCAUCAGGGCAGAGACUUUUGAAUUUUCUAUUCAUGUAUGACCCAAACAGAAGGGCUACUGCUGAAGAAUGUCUCAGUAGUUCAUAUUUUAAAGAGCAUCCACUGCCCUGUGACCCACAGAUGAUGCCAACUUUUCCUCAGCAUCGUAACCUCAAACAACAACACCAGCACCACCACCACCACCAGACAUCUUCAUCUUCUCAGGCUCCUAGUAUAACCCAGGUAUUAAAUCAACAAGUAUCAUCUUUAUAUUCAGGUGAUCGGAUGAGCGACGGGCUGUCCACUUCAAAUAUUGGAAUUGCAGAACUUCUUAAUUCCCUAACUAGGAAAUAACAUUUUGAAUUAAGUUACUUUUCUUCUCGAGUAUAUAAGAUGUGUUUUUCAUUUGUAUUUUAUGUUUUGUGGACAUUAUAUUAAAAAAACUUGCAAUUACAGUUUAAAAUUACAAUACUGAAAUGGUUGUCAUAAUUUUAUACAGUUAGUAUCUGUAAAUAGAUAGAAACUUGGUUUAGCUUAGUGUUGUGUCAAGCCUGUAAGUGUUUUAUAGCCUCAGUGAGGUUUGCAGGAAUGUGAAAAAUAAAAUGUUGAAGAGAACAAUUGAAAAUAAAGUUGUGUUAUCCAUGAUCUAAACUAGUAAGAUGAUACAGAAAUUAUUCUUCUGUUACCAAGCUACCAAACUUGUCACUGGGGAGAGGGCCAAGACACUUUGGCAUCCAUGUGAUCAUUUCAGCCCCCCCCCCCCCCCCUCCACAAUCUGAAGACCCAAAUAUUAUUAAUAAUAAAAAGACCAGAGUGACAGUAUACUAUCAAGUACAUGGUAAAAAAAUAGUCCAAUAUCAGUGCAAAGAAAUAAUGGUGGCAAACUACUCAUCCAGUCCAGUGACCACACAGAGGGAUGUUGGAAACAUGCUGUACUGUACAUUGGCUGAAGAAAAAUUGGCUAGUAUCAGUAGGUAAGUAAAGGAGUGAUCCCCACUCACCCUUCCUUUACCAACAAUUAACAAGUCCAGUGACCAUUCCAGCUCUUGCUAAAGGUUACUCCAGUUAUGAAAGGCGAUGCUUUGUAUUCCCAAAGGAACAAAAUUUUUUUAAGACA